GAGCCAGAGAUCUGACUACAUAGUAACAGCGGAGGAAGCAGGUGACAGAGGCGGGGACACGGUGAGGGGCUGCUUCCCUGGGUGGCGAGGCCUUACUCCCGGACAUGCAGGAUGGACGGGCGGUAUCACCGGGCCGCCCGGGAUGGAUUCUUGGAUCUGUUGAAGGAGGCGACCAGACGGGAGUUAAACUCGCCAGACGAAGAUGGCAUGACCCCCACACUGUGGGCGGCUUAUCAUGGACAUCUCGGGGCACUGAGGGUCAUCGUCAGCCGGGGGUGAGUUCUGUCUGCUGGAAUAAACUGAUACAUUGUAACACUCUGUGACGACCAUGGACACAGAUAUCACUCUUUAUUUCUAUUUAUUUAAAAAAAAUUAUUAUUUAUUUAUUUAGUCUAACUGUAUGCUGUAUUUGGGGAGGGGGGGCGGGGGGGUAAUGAUUUUAAAAUAAAUUAAAUACAACUUUAUAUAAAAAGUACAUUAUUUUAUCUAUGGUAUACAUGUUGUUUGCACACUAAUUAGAAAUGGGUUUAUGUGUGGUAGGGCUGAUACUUCACGAGCUAGAUUUUAUUUUGGCAGAAUAAUACGAUUUUUGUCUUGUAUUACGUUCUGUUCCCUUGUACAUUAAUUUACCUUUAUUAAUUGUUCAUUUUUAGUAUUUUAUUUAUGUGGUUAAGACUUGUUUAUGAGGAGUUAUGUUUAUAGAUAGUUUCAAGGGGAAAUGAUUAUUGCUAUCAGAGUUUAUAAAUUCUAACUUGCAGGAGUUGCAGUAUGUUGAAAAGUCAAUAGAACUAAGGCAAUCUGUCAGGUAUAUUCACUAAACAAAGCACUGGCAUUUGAAGCAGGAGCGUGGAAACCUCAGGGCUCUGGUGCAAGAAUCUGUUAAAGGGACACUCCAGGCACCCAGACCACUUCUGCCCAUUGGAGUGGUCUGGGUGCCAACUCCCACUACCCUUAACACUGCAACUGUAAUUAUUGCAGUUUUCAUAAACUGCAAUAAUUACUUUGCAGUGUUAAAUCCUCCCCUAGUGGCUCUCUACUAGACAGCCACUAGAGGGCACUUCCUGGUCCAUAGCACAGGUUUUCUGUGCUAUAGCGUCGCUGGACGUCCUCACGCUGUGUGAGGACCUCCAGCGUCGCUAAAAUCCCCAUAGGAAAGCAUUGAAAAGCAUUUUCAAUGCUUUCCUUUGAAGAGGUCUAAUGUGCGUGCUCGGCAUUGCCGCACAUGCGCAUUAGGUCUCCUCAGCCGGCGGGCGGGAUCAGUCUUCCCCGCCGGCUGACGUGAUGAAGGGGAGGAGCGGCGGCGGAGAAAGAAGCAGCGACGAGGGACGUUGCUGCCUUUGGUAAGUGACUGAAGGGGUUUUCACCCUUUCAGCAACCGGGGAUGGGAGGUGGGAGGAAGAGGGGACCUGCAGUGCCAGGAAAACGGAUUGUUUUCCUGGCACUGGAGUGUCUCUUUAAGGAACCCCUCUCCACCCCUCCCCCCUUCCAAACAUGAUUUUUAGAUUACAUUUUUUUUUUUUAACAAAUUACACAUUAAACCAUAUCACAGAAUUUCACAGCAAUAAAACCCUCAGUAAUGUGCAGAGUGCAUCACAGAGCUCUAUAGCAAUAAAACUCAAAAUGCUCACAAUGCUUUUGCGGUGGUGUUCUGUAAUGCAUUGAUGCACGCUGCACAUUACUGUGAGUUAUAAUGUGUGGGAUUGUGGGAAGUCCGUAGUUGUGUGAUUUGUGUGUGGAGGAAUGUGAUGUUAUUUACACAUUUAUGGCACAUUGCCACACACUCACACACCCUCAUUCUCAGUCCAGCUUUCUCUUCUGUGGUCUUGUAAUACGCACUUCAACUGUCUCCCCCUGGAACUCGUGUUUGGCUCCAAAGGAGCCUGUUUCCAUCACUUGCAUGGCAGCAGCUGCCUGCGUUACCCCAGAGGGGUUCCACCCGCUGCUGUUGGCUACUAUGUAUUCCCUGGUGGCCCAAUGGUGAAUAGCACGCUCUCCAUAAUAACCACUCCUUUGCGUUUCCGCCACUCAGUGUUGAAUCAGAGCGCAAGCAGGGAAGCUAACUCCAGAAACGUAAGGGAGAGACAAAAGCUAGUGGUACAGAGCGUGCGAUUCACCACUGGAACAACAGGGAAUAAUUUGUAUUCAAUAUAUUGCCUAUCAUUGCAUUUUCAAUUGAGAACAACAGUAUCCUCGGAUAUUGUGCCCCCUGCCAUGGCACCCUAAGGUAACCACUGUUACGAGGGGGGUCAGCCGCCUGGUGCCCCUGUUGCCAUGAUGCUCUGUGCAGCCGCACAGCUCACACACUCCUGGCUAAAUGACAAAGGCUGGUCCUUGCUAAAGGAGUAAGGUCCGGCACAGGACUCUUUGCAGUGCAGCAGCAGCCAAGCAAAUUUUAUGUAAAGUAAGCUGCCUGCUUGCUGCUUCCAUUGCUGAUGGGCCUAUCCCGACAGGCAGAACUCCAGGGCCCGGCCUAAAGUUGCGCCCAAUUGUGACCCUGGUAGUUCCGCCACUGAUUUAAAGUCCAAACAGGAAAAUGUAGGCUUAAAUUGCCAAGCUGGGACUGUAGCUGAGUAUUUUUCCAGAUUAGCUAUUUUAACCUCAAUUUACCGUUCUGAGUUAAAGGAACACUAUAGUCACCUAAAUUACUUUAGCUAAAUAAAGCAGUUUUAGUGUAUAGAUCAUUCCCCUGCAAUUUCACUGCUCAAUUCACUGUCAUUUAGGAGUUAAAUCACUUUGUUUCUGUUUAUGCAGCCCUAGCCACACCUCCCCUAGCUAUGAUUGACAGAGCCUGCAUGAAAAAAAAACUGGUUUCACUUUCAAACAGAUGUAAUUUACCUUAAAUAAUUGUAUCUCAAUCUCCAAAUCAAACUUUAAAUCACAUACAGGAGGCUCUUGCAGGGUCUAGCAAGCUAUUAACAUAGCAGGGGAUAAAAAAAAAAUCUUAAUUAAACAGAACUUGCAAUAAAGAAAGCCUAAAUAGGGCUCUCUUUACAGGAAGUGUUUAUGGAAGGCUGUGCAAGUCACAUGCAGGGAGGUGUGACUAGGGUUCAUAAACAAAGGGAUUUAACUCCUAAAUGGCAGAGGAUUGAGCAGUGAGGCUGCAGGGGCAUGUUCUAUACACCAAAACUGCUUCAUUAAGCUAAAGUUGUUCAGGUGACUAUAGUGUCCCUUUAAUUUAAUUGGGAAAUUAGCUAUUGUAUUGAAUACAGCAGCCUCUGUCACUUUAUGGUAGAAACCUGUUGCAGUAAAGGUCAGCCAGUCCUUGCUUUGGGUUCUUUACCUUAAUGGCAAGUGAUCUGGCUGUGUGAACGGCAUUCUCAUUUUGUUGUACAUUGUUCCUUAGCACUACUAGAACAUCAAGCAAGGACCAAGAGCAUCAUAGGAGGUUUAGUUCUACAACAUCUGGGGAUCUACCUUUUUGGCAGCUCUGCUCUAACCCUUUUUAAGACACAUAUAUUUGAAACUUAAAAUACACUGGGUAAAUAGAGAAGAAUUUGAUUGAAGAAACCAAAUAAAAAAAAGUUACCUGCGCUCUCUCCUUAAUCCUUAUGUAUAUUUAAACAAAUGGAGGUCAUUUAGUUACUCCAAUGGAGGGAAUUCCCGCCUGCCAAUGUCAAGGCAGACCCCCCUAGACAGAUCCUACAUAAAUUAAUGUAUUACAUGUCAUACAAGACAUAGGGAUUAAGGAGAGAGCGCAGGUAACUUUUUUCUUUGGUUUUUACUAUGUAUUAGCUGAUGUGUACUGUAGUCGUUGCUGCUGCCCAGGAGUGAUGGGAGUGAGCGCAGGACUUUUCUUUUUGUAUAAGAAUUUGAUUGAACUGAUUGCGCAUAUGUGAUAGCGCUGAGCUGGCGUGGGGAUCGGAGAUGUGGGAGGGGAUCUAUUAAUUUAAUUUUUUUUAAAGUUACCGGCAAUGAAAGAAGAUAGUAAGAGGCAGAGGGAGCACAUGAAGUGAUGAAGGGGAGAGCAAAGCUUCGCGGCUGAAAGACAGAAUCUUGUUACGUUUGUCACCUAUGCGCAGUGUGGUCUGACGACAGACAUAACUCCUGGCUGUCACAUGUGCAGGGGGUGUAAAAAAAUAAAAUAAAAAACAGCACAAAAGUCCAGAUUUCUCUGUAUGUGCAGUGUUUCACAUAGAAAUGCUGCACGUAUAGAUUCUUACCACUAUGACCACUUGAAAUCACUGGAAGAGAAGGAAUAAAAAAUCUUAUUAAUGGCCCCCUCCCCGAAAGUGUUAGCCUUGAGCAGAACCCUUCUCUCCCCAGGGCCGCAGCAUCUUCUUCAUGAUAAAUGCCUUUCAUAUGAUACUGUUUAUUAUGGCGAUUGAGUUAUAAUGGAAUUUUUCUUGUAAAAGCUACAGAAGAAGGAUUGUUUUAAUAAUUUUAAUAUGCUUAGCGCUUAAACACUAUUUGCUUAGUGCCGUUGACUUUAUUCCCACUCACAGUAGUCUGAUAAUAGCUUUUGUUAUACUGCUAGAUUCAUAUUUCAGUAGUUUGACUCACAAACUAGCAUUUGUAGUAAUCAUAUGUAUGGGGAGCAUACGGGGCUCCACACUAUUAUGGAGCACUAAUAAUUGCCACUACCAAAGCCCUAUCAAUAAAAUAAUGUAACAUAAACAUGCAUUGUUUUGUGAGAAUUCUUAGCUUCCCGACUACUGACUUGCACUUAGCUUCACAUAUGUCUGUGCAACAUAUCAAAUUAGCUUCACAUAGACCUUUGCAUGGUUUGAGGUGUGCCAAUCUGAAUUUUAUACUGGCAUCAUUGUGCCCAGAUUGUACAGAAACAGGGUAGGUUCAAUUUGUGCCAACAAAUUUAUACAGACAUGAGAUUGCAUUUCCAAGAUUUGUGAUCAUAUUUUCAAGUUAUGUAUUUACUAUGACAAUACUAAUUUAUUGCCCAAUUAUGUAAUAUCAAAAUACUAACUAAACACUUUACACUUUAUACUUAUAUUUUUUAAACACACAAAAGCAGUUCGAUACAUUUAAUGAAUUAUAUGUACUUAUUGUUUGAAUGCAUGUCUACAGUGUGUGAAUACAUAUAUGCAUAUGCGCAGAGUUAAAAGAAACAAACAUUUUUUUCUUUAUAAAUAAUAAUAUUGAAAUCUGUAUCUGAAGAUGUCUGUAUUGAAGUAUGUGCAUGUGGUGUAUAGAUUGCCGAUGUUGUAUGUAAUGUGUAAUAGCUGCAUGCUUGUGAAUGAUAGGGAUAGUGUGUGAAUUGUUAGUAUUUUGUGUAUGGUUUAGACCAAGGGUACCCAAUUAAUUUUUCCAGUGAAACCCUUUGACAUAGUCUACCAACAUAAUGGAACCCCCCCAAAAAAUGUUUGCGCUGUAGCACAAACCUUUUAAUUAGCAGAGUGUAAUGUUUUCUUUUUUGGUACAUUUAGUUUUUUAGUAUAACUAAUUUCUAAUGAUAGUAAACCGAUUGUAGUACUUAGGAGCAGGAGCACUUUUAUGUGAAAAGUUGGUGUUUGUAUAUAAUUUUAGUGUUUUAAUAUUGGGGUGUGUUUGUAUGUAAUGUUUGCAUUUGCGUGCAAGGGUGUGUUUGGAUGUAGUGUCAGCUUUUAAAUGCGAAUGUACAUUUGGGUGUGUUUGUAUAUAAUUUUGGAGUUUGAAUACAGGGGUGUUUUUGUAUGUAAUGUUUGUGUAUGCAGGGAUUUGUUUACAUGUUGUGUUGGUGUUUCAUUACUGUGAUGUAUGCACCUACAGUACCACAUACAUACAUGCUUACACAGAUAAACAUAUACAUUAACACAGAUACAGAUAUAUAAAUACACUAACACAUGCAUACACAGACACACAGAUGCACACACUGGCACAUAUGCACACAUUGACACACAGAUACACACACUGGCACAUACACACACUGAUACACAGACACACAUUGAUGCACACACUGGCACAUACACACACUGACACACAUAUUCACAGACUGGCACAUACAAACCCAGAUACACACACUGGUACAUACACACAAAUAUGCACACACUGGCACAUACAAACUCAGUGUCACACAGAUACACACACUGGCAUACACGCUGAGAUAUACACACGGCACAUACACGCACACUCAGAUACACACAGUGACACAUACACACACCUCGAGAUACAGAUGCACACAGAGAUACACAUACUAACACAGAUACACAUUGGCACAUACACACACACGCAGACACAUACAUUGACACAUACACACACACACACACACACACACACACAGAUACAACAACCUGGCACAUACACGCACACUCAGAUACAAAAAGGUCAUGCUUUUUAAAUUUGCAGUCACCCUUCUGUUAGCAUACCUUUUGUCUGCGGGAGGGUGGCUUCCUUGUAGUGCUACUGGCUGAGGCUGGUGUGUGGAGUCUGUAGCAGCACACUUCCGCUCUUUCCCUCCAGCACAGUGCUCUCUAUAUCCGAUAUUACAGGGGCCCAGUCGUGCUCGUAAAUAGCCGCGGUGCCUGACUAGGCCCCUGUUCAGCAAUACCCAUCAGAUGGCCCUAAGUGCAUGCCCCACCUGAUGGGCAAAUAGCGGUGGAACCCCAGUUUUGUUCACACAGAACCCCAGGGUGGCACGGAACACUAACUGGGAAAUGCUGGUAUAGACAGUCUGUGAACUCUCAGUAGUGUGUGAAUGCUGUGGAUAAUGUGAGUUUGUUGUUGCUUUGUGUAGAUUUUGUGUGCAGCAUACAUAUUCUGUUGUUCAAGAGCCUGUGUAGAUUAAGUGGUUUUCUGACUUUUGGCCAGAAUCAUUAGGCCAUUUCCAAACAACCAACAUCCAAAAUUCAUAGACUGUUUUACUGCUGGUAUUGCAAUCAAAGUCUUAAAUGAUAUUGACUUAAAACCAGGUAUCACUAAUGGUCUAGUUGUUAAUAUGUUGAUGUCUAAUUUGAUAAGCCUAUAUUACAAAUUUAGCCACAAAAUUUGACACUUUUGUGGGCUUUUUGAUAUAUUACAGGCUAAACGAAUAUUGUAGGCACAUAUUGAAGUGGUUAUGGUGAUUGGAGUCUGUGAGCGCUGACUCUGGCAGCCUGAAAUCCUGAUUUCAAUGGCAGUAUGGCAGAGGCAGUGCUAUGCUUAUGCAUUGUGCCAUACCAACUCAUACCGGGCACUAGGGCAGUGAUUGCCCAAGAGGAUUGUCAGCUGAUUCUCUCAGCCACUACCCCUGGUAUGACAUGAAGUGGAGCACAUCUCUGCCUCUUUCAUUUCAGAAUUGCAAACAAGGAGGCAGGCUGCCAGGGACUGAACAUCUCGACUAAAUGAUAAGUAAACAGUUUCUCAAUGGUGUAGGACCUGACACACAUGGACUCCAGGCAUAAUAACCACAUGAAUUCAUUGACUGGUUAUGGUGCCUACAGUGCUUCAGGUUAUAUACAGCCAAGUGAUGAUAAUGCUAAUAUCUGACAGGUGAGUUGUUAAUCUAAUAUUGUUCACACGGAUAUUGCACUGUCUGUGGAUGUGUAUAGGGGCAAAGGGGGACUGUUCUCAAGCUUGUGGACCAGAACCGAACCUGUUACAAUAUUCAUCCCUUCUCCCUGACUUGGCCUCCAAAUUCCCCAGAUCUCAAUCCGAUUGAGUAUCUGUGGGAUGUGCUGGAACAACAAAUCCAAGGAUCUGAUGCUAAUGACUUGGGGUCAGAUAUAACAGGACACAUUCAUUCAUUCGUUGUGGAAUCCAUUCUUUGACAAAUCCAAGCUGUUUUGGCAGCACGAGGGGGAUCUGCACAAUAUUAGGUAGGUGUUGUGGCUGACAAGAGUAAGUAGCUGUCACAGCAGUAACCUAAACACCUCACCAGUCUCACACUAGAAUCAAUGACACAGGCUCCUACUCGCACACAGGUAUAUCAAUGGUAAAAUACACAAUUAGUACUGGGCUGUCUCAUUCAAUAGCUGAAAUAUAUUGUCUGGAAGAAUCCUGCUUGAAAUUAGAUAGAUUUUCUUUUUUACUGCACAUCUUUUUUUUUACCAUAUAUUGAUCACUUCUCAAUUGAUCUGUGAACAAAAUCAACAUUUUAUGGCUAUCUCCAUCAAUCAAUCAUAUUUUUUUUCACUUCUUGAUUGAAUAUUAGAUACUGCCCUCAUCAUUGGGCAUACCGCUUGUCCUUCAUGGCAAAUUAAACUGCUUAUUUGCCCUUCCCCAUUCACUCCCCCUUUUUGUAGCACCACUUCAGAACAAAUCACAAAACAAACUAAACAGCUAAUCUGUUGCUUGCUUAUUUGUUUCCUGGUACAUCCGUAUGGCUUUUUGAACUUGCGGAAUUCUGAUAAAUUGCCAAUCGCCCAAAAUUCAGAUCUCAGUUUGUUUGAAAAUGAAUCCUCAAGUCUAAUAUUCAUCCAUUUUUACUUGUUAACAGCAUCCUUCUGGCACAGAUAAACUUGAAAUAACUUUCUGUGACUCAUUCUGGGGUUAGACAUAUAAUUCUUUAUGGGAAUUAAAUGACCACUAUAGGCCCCCAGACCACUUCAGCUCAAUGAAGUGGUCUGGGUGUCAGGUCCCUCUAGUUUUAACCCUGCUGCUGAAAACAUAGCAGUUUCAGAAAAACUGCUAUGUUUCACUGAGGGUUAAUCCAGCUGUCAGUGAGACAGCCACUAGAGGCGCUUCCGUGGUUCUCACUGUGAAAAUCACAGUGAGAAGACGCUGGACGUCCAUAGGAAAGAAAUGCUUUCCUAUGGACUGUUUGAAUGCGUGCUCGGUUCUUGCCACGCAUGCGCAUUCGGCACUGACUUCAGCAGGAGGAGGAGAGUUCCCCAGUAUCGAGGGAACCCAAUGCUGGAGAAAGGUAAGUGGCUGAAGGGGUUUAAACCCCUUCAGCCCAGCAGGAGGGGGCCAUGAGGGUGGGGAGGGGGGGACCUAUUAACACUAUAAAGCCAGGAAAACAAGUUUGUUUUCCUGGCACUAUAGUGGUCCUUUAAGGAAUCCCAGUGUGAUGCAAACACAUAAUGUAUCUAUAUAAUAAAUGAUAAUAUAUCUGUUUUCCACUUUGGGAUAUAUCUGUAACUCGUUUUGUUGCUGAUAUGUUACUAUUCAAACCAUUAACAACAAUUCAACAGCUAUUUAAUGAGAAGAUACUACGAUUGUAAAAUAAAUAAAUAAAUAAAAAAGCUUAAUAUGUAUAUAUGUUAAUAAUUUAAGCUUUUAGCAGGUUGUGUCAGUCAUUUACAGCAUACUAUACACAAUUCCUGCCUGGUUGUGACUCCAUUCCAUUCAAUAUUCAUGCUCAGUUGUAAUCAUUUUCAACUUUUAUGUUGGUAGAGUGCCAUACUUAUCUAUUGAACAUGUCAUUAUGCAAUUCUCUAUUUCCUUGGCAAAGUUAGGGCCUAUUAAUGAGUUCCUGUUUGCAAUUUUGACAAAGGGUUUUCUCUGGAAAUUUGGCUUAGCCUGCGUGAGUAUUGUGACUGUGGCAUGGGAACAUAGAUUUUAGAGAAUUAACAAUGUUACUAAUAAUAUUAUUAUUAAAGGACUACUAAUGGCAGCCAGACCACUAAAUAUAAAUGAAGUUGUUUUGGUGCAAUGGACCAUUAGUUUUUAGCCCUACAAUGUAAAAUAUUGCCAAAUUACUGGCAGGUCAGCCCAGCGUGAAUGCAAACCAGGCUGCCUGCCAAUCAAGCAUGACAGCCCACAGUUGGCAGGACUUGCAGCAAACACUGCUUCAGUGCCCUGAGUGCAGUGUGAGCACAUUUUUUGGGAGGACAGUUUCCUGGUGUCCCCAAAAAAGGGACACCAUUAAACAAAAUAGGGAUGGUGGAAUAGGACCUGACAAUCAAGACUGUACUGUACAUUGUGUUGUUAACAUAUCUGGCGCAGCCCUUUCUUGUUGUUUUUUUGUGUUAUACAGCAAAGGAGCCUACAGUCUCAAGGAAAGAGGUUGGUUCCAAGCAUCUCUGUAAGCCAUGCAUUCUCCUUUAGUUGUUGUGAGAUGGUGUGGAAGGUCUAUGCCAGAGGCUCCCAUAUAAAGAAGGUUGAAGCUUCUGUUAUAAUUCUGUUUCGUAAUGAUAGUCUAAUAGCGCCCCAGACAAGGCCCCAUUAGUUAAAUUCACUUUAGGCUAUUAGGGAGGAUGCCAAUAAUCUCCUUUGAUUUCAUUCUUCUGGUGGAGAUUAAUACUGUUACUGUUGCUACCACCCAACUCUGGAGCCACACACUGCCACUGAAGAGAUGUGCCAACCAAGCCAUCUCCAUGGGUCCCACUCUGCCACUGUUGAGAGGUUCUGUCUUCACAGUCUCUCUGGACUUCAUGGAGAUAGAUGUCGGUCCCCCCAGCCAAAACCAGAAAAUUUAGAUAGCAAAUCCGUGACUGAGGUAUCAUAAAUUUCACCAUCUUCCUCUAACAAAAAGCCCGUAGCCAUCCCAAAACUAAACUCUAUCUACCUUUCAUUCCCUCACCCAAAUAAGUUUUAUUUGUAGGGGGUGGCACAUUACUUAAGCAAUAAUACCGGUAAAACAAAGGUUGCUAUAAUACUGUCCAAAAUAAAAAUCUAAACUGUAGGUAAAGGGAUACUAUAGUCACCAGAACAACUCCAGCUUUUUGUAGCUUUUAAAUAUAUACCUGUAUGAGUUUCUUCUGUGUCUUAUGAAGGAUCCAUAAGAAAGUCACAUGUAUCAAGAUAUCUGAUCCCAACCUUCAACUGAAUUGAGAAAAUCCACACCGAAAAAUAUUUUGCAUUCAAAUAGCUUUACACAAUAGCAAAACAUACUUUUAAAAUGCAGCCCAUAUCUACACCACCACUAUAAUUAUAUUAUAUUUAGAGUCAGGGGCAGAUUAAAUACUCAGUACUAAUACUAGGCAGAUAGUGUCAGAUCAGUCAGAUAUUGAGGACCUUGGGGUGGUCUGCCCAUGGUUCAGCAGCAAUAAGCCAUGAGAACUUCAGAAGACACCCCAGUCACAAGGAUUAAAGGUCCCAGCUGCCCUGUGUGUAGCGUAGUCAAGCAGCAGCAGCCCUUUACUCUCCGCUUAGCUUUACAUUCCACUUUGUGGUCAUAACUAUGUGGAGAGGAUAGGGGCAUGAUGGAUGUAAUGAAAAAUUCAAAACAGUCCAAUAAUACUAUAACAAACCACAAAUGUACAUUAUUUUCCGUAAAUGUCAAACGAAAAAAGUACCUGGAAUUUUACAGCCAUCUCUAGUACUCGAACUAAUGUAGGCUUCAAUUUAAAAUUGUUGGAUAAGCUUUUCAAAUUAUUUAAUAUUUUUGGAUAAACUUCUAAAAGGAUUUAUCCAAUGUAUUCAAAUAUAAAAAAUAUGUCAUAUAUAUUAAAAUAUAUAAUUAUUUCAUUAAAAAAAAUCUAAAUAUUAAAAAUGUUUAUUUUUUUCAUUAUAUUAUAUUAUUCUAAAAGUUUAUUUAAAAAUGUUAAAUCAUUUGAAAAGCUUAUACAACAGUAUUAAAUCAAAGCCUUUAAUAGUGAAAGCGAAGGUCCACUUUUGCCUACGAGGGGAAAGGGGGUACCCAGGAGAUCACUGACCCUAUGUCCCAUAAAAGGGUAUUACCCUAACAGACAUACAUGAGGGCACAGAUGGUGCACAGGCAUCUAAAUAUGAAAAUUCUUUAUUUUUUCAUAAUAUUAAAUUAUUCUAAAAGUUUAUUUAAAAAUGUUAAAUCAUUUGAAAAGCUUAUACAACAGUAUUAAAUCAAAGCCUUUAAUAGUGAAAAAGAAGGUCCACUUUUCCCUAAGAGGGGAAAGGGGGAACCAAGGAGAUCACUGACCCUAUGUCCCAUAAAAGGGUAUUACCCUAACAGACAUACAUGAGGACACAGAUGGUGCACAGGCAUCGAAAGCAGCAAAUUCUCACACUGUGGGAAAAGAACUGACUCCAGAAAAAAACAAGUGUGAAAAAAAACCCAUAAACCUAUGAGUAAAUGUAAGUAUAGCUUGACCUACUUAUAGAGGUGAAAGGAUAAACUGGGGUACAGAAAUGUUAAGUACAUAGAACUAUAUUUGCCUGUAAGUACCUAUGCAGAUUGAUCCGGAGGCAAAACACUUAUAGCACCUCUGACAUUUUCUAUAUUGUUAUAGAUAGUAGAUACCCUUACAAAAUGUAAAAGUUAGAAGGAGCAGAAGAACAGGGCAGGACAGUAUGGAAUGUAUUAUAGAUCUCUCUCCAAAAAAAUGUGGAUACAGGCACAGUGUAGCUUGAUGGGCUUUAGCCUUUUUUCAACCUAAAUUACUAUGUAACUAUAUAACUGUGGCGAAACUAACUUCACCACUUGUGCCUGUAGAGGACUAAUUGCCGGCCUCUUGCCAUGUGACUAUGGCCCCUGGGAGACUUUGCCAGUUAAAAACACUAUUUGGACCUAUUGGUGUUUUAAAAGACUGUUCUUGCCCUCUAAAUGAAACUGUCUGCUUUGUCCCUCCUCAACCUCUCAUCAGCCCAUGCUAAACUUUAACCCCAUGGCGAUUUUAUUCUGUUCAUGGGACCUGAGCGCUGUUCGGAUAUAUAGAGCGCUCAGAUCCAAGCUAUCUGGGGAUUGGUUGAAUGUGGGGGUUCUAUUCAGUAUGAUAGGAAUUAUGAAUUUCUGUGUAUUUUUGCUGUUGUUGUGAAUAGAGAUAUUUUCUGUACCUGAAGAGAGUUGGCUUGCCACACCCAGUUAAGCCAAUUAUCUCCAGGAUAGAGGAGAAGAUAGACCGGCUGCACAGCCUAACUCUGUGGAACUGGUUUGGGCUGGAAAGCCAUGCUUGCAGUCAGUCACAAAGGACUUCGACCUAACUUUUAAACCCAUGGAAGUAAUUGCCUGAUUUUUGAGUAUGUUUGUAUUUGGAGUAUGCUGAUUCUGAAAAUGUAAGUGAAUGUGAUGCAUACUUUUAAAGUUAUGAAUAUUGUGUAAAACUGUACAUUUUCCUGCCUGUGAUAAUUACAUUAACCCAUUGUGUUCAGUAAUUAUAUCAGGCAGAGGGGAGGAUUUUGUGGGAAUGAAUGGGAGUGUUUUACUGUACAUUACGUGUUUUAUUGGCUGUUCCACAAAACCAUGUGGGUGGUACUAUUGUGUAAAAAUGUGUAUAUAAGAACAAUAAAAUCACAGCUCUGUGUUCCUGUUUGACCCUCAACAUAGAGCCUCGUCUCAUGAUUGGGAGAUACGACUGCAUCUACAGUGGGGGAUUGCUAUACUCUGUAUACUCCCCUAGCUAUAAUCACUAAGCUCUUUUAAGAGCUUGUUCCAGCUUCACUCUCUGCAGAAAGAGAGGUUCGGUCUGCAGUGCUGAUGGUGUCAAGUGGAGUGCUUGGAGUCCUCGGGAAGCACUAGGAGCAUCCAUCAACAGAGGUACUCGGUCGGAGUACUAGGAGCUCCGUUACAAUAACUAUACACUAAUCAGCCACAACAUUAAAACCACCUGUCUAAUAUCGUGUAGGCCCCCCUCGUGCUGCCGAAACAGCUCCGAUGGGUCAAGGCAUGGACUCCACAAGACCUCUGAAUGUGUCCUGUGGAAUCUGGCACCAAUACAUUAGCAGCAGAUCCUUUAAGUCCUGCAAGUUGUGUGGUGGGGCUUCCAUGGAUCGGAUUUGUUGUUCCAGCACAUUCCACAGAUGCUUAAACAGAUUGAGAUCUGGGGAAUCUGAAGGCUAAGGCAACACCUUUAACUCUUUGUCAUGUUACUAAAACCACUCCUGAAGAAUUUUUGCAGAGUGGCAGGGUGCAUUAUCUUGCUAAAAAAGGUCACGGGCAUCAGGAAGCACCAUUGCCAUCAAGGGUUGUACGUGUGCUAAAACAAUUUCUAGGUAAGUGAUACGUGUCAAAGUAACAUCCACAUGAAUGCCAGGACCCAAGUUUUCCCAGCAGAACAUUGCCCAGAGCAUAACACUGCCUCCGCCGGCCUGCCUUCUUCCCAUAAUGCAUUCUGCUGCCAUCUCUUCCCAGAUAAAUGACACACAUGCACACAGUAACUCACUUGAUCUAAAAGAAACUGUUAUUUAUCAGACUAGACAACCUUCGUCUAUUUGCUCCAUGGUCCAGUUGUGAUGCUCAUGUCACCACUGAAGGCACUGUUGGCAGUGGAUAGGGGUCAUCAUGGAGACUCUGACCAAUCUGCUGCUACACAGCCCCAUAUGAAGCACACUGCAAUGCACUGUGUGUGUUCUGACACCUUUCUAGCAUGGCCAGCAUUGAGCCUUGGGCGCACAUGAACCCGAUGCUGGUUCACUGCUUACCAUUCCUUGCACCACUUUUGGCAGGUACUAAUCACUGCAUUCUGGGAAAGCAGUGAAAGAUCCAAAGUCACUCAGAUCUUUUUGCUUGCCAAUUUUACUUGCUUUUAACACAUGAAAAUAAAUAACAUAUAAUCAAUGUUAUUAACUUCACCUAUCGGUGAUUUUUAUGUUACGGCUGAUCAAUGUAUGUAAUGUGAACUCAAAACAUGUUCCCAACACUUAUAUCGAGGUACACGUGCCUCAUCGUCUAAAAAAAAAAAAAAAGUAUAUGCCUAUUUUACCACCAAACUGGAGAUAGAAAAAAAUAUUAUUAGCCAACCAUCCUCACUGCUUACAGAAUACUGCUAGAGCUAUAGUAGAUAUAAUCUACACAAAGUCCCCACAAAGGAAUCAAAAUAAAUUCUAAACAAUUGAACUUGGAGUCAGGGAAUCUAGGUGUAAUAGCUCCAAGAAGAUACGUCAGCACGUGGCACUAAGCCAGAUGCCUAGAUUAACCAGAGCUCGAUAUUACUACUAUACAGUGACAAGUAUGCCACCCAUAGUGAGUGAAAAUAAAAUAAAAAGAGCUCAGCUCAAUGUGUGCUUAGGUGCUCAUAAUGUACCUUCAUCAUGGUCCCGAACAUCAUAUUUGUGUUUCCAACAUCACCGUGCUCCUUUAAGUCUUCUGCAUACUACAUGCUACAAAAUAAAUGGAAUGCGUCAGGGUUGAGCUUUGUUUUCCAUAUGAUGACACAUGAAAGGCUUUUGGACACAACAAUAGUUGCAACAAUUUGAGCAUGAAGGGAGAUAGGAAUAGGGGGGCUAUUGUACCAAAUCCUGUCCAAGAAAACUAUAUUGGUUUGGUACUUAAAAUUAUCCUUUUAAUCCCAUGUGUUUUUUUUUUUAAAGUUAGCUUGAGAAAGAAAGUGUAGCUUGCCUUAAACUUCACCCUCUUUCACGAUUCUAAAGCACAAGGAAAAUACGUAAGACAAAGUAGUCCCUUAUGUUUUAAAGAAAAAUAGAUCAGUAAUGAAGAAAAGAAGAACAGAUUCUAAAAUAGGAAGAGAAGUGGAAACAAUAGGAGAGAGGUAAACUUGAGGUAAUACGUCACUGUAAGGAUUGAUGAAUUCGAAGCAAAGACAACACAUAAAAUAUUUUUGGGAAUACCAUAUGAAAAUAUGCAAAAAUAGACAACACAAUUAUUAUAUAUAUUUAUAAAACAAUUAAGCAUUACAGAUGUGUAAGAUAUGUUACGCAAAUUUGUUUACAGUUUGUUUGUAUAGUUUUCUGCAAGAUCUUUCUACUUACUUUGUGUACAUCUCAAUCACUUAAGUAACAUGCAGUAUAGCUGUUUCAUGUAUAUGCAUAAUUCAUGUUGAUGGGUUAGUAAGACGGAGAAUUGUAACUGAACACAUGAGAGAACUGUUUGACUAAUUCACACACACACAUGCAAAGAACUGUUCCCUAGGCUGUGACCUUUACACACUCACCCAUCUCUCUCUAACCGAUACUGUGACCCCCGGAGCACUUGCUUCAAACACUAUCAGUUACAACAGGCACAUUUCUAAGAAUUACUUGAUUACAUUCCCUAUUCUGCAAUCUCAAUUUGUUACAUACUAGUAUACACUUGUAUCUUUAAUGCAGCAAGACAAAGAGAUAAUUUACGUAAUGGCUAUAAAAACCCACACGGCUCAUAAAUGCUCAGAAGUCUGAAACAAACCCUAUGUUAAUAAUAUUUAAUUACUUACCUGGGGCUGUGAUUGCUCUGUGUAAUCUGUGUUAUUUUCAGAAGAAGGCAAGUUAGGCCCAAGGGAGAUAGCGCAGCGUAUCAGACAAGGGUACGUGUGAGUGUGGUAUGGAUGUUUAUGAUUAGUUGGUUUGUGUGUGUAGUAGUGCUUUGUAUUAUAAAUGGGUGGUAUCUACAUAACUGACCUUAGAGUCAUUUUGGAUUCGGGCCAGCGUACCUUGUUUCUUGGGUCAUGACUAGCGGGGUAGGUGUCCUUGCCAAUCAGAUGGGGAGAUCCUUUACAGGAAGAGUGAUAGCGUGGAUAAGGGUCUGGUCUCAACCUCCUCUGUCUUGUAUAUGGUAAAUUGCAAAGUUACCAAUUUGCAUGUGUCCACCGAGCGAAAAUGUCAAAUGGAAAUUGGUGGACGAGGGGGAGGUGAGAACACUUUGGGGGUUAUGAGCAUAUGUAUUUGGUCAGUUAGAGAUUGGCAAGGACAUUUAAUUAAAGUUUAAUUAAGGUUAUACUGUAUGACACUGUGUUAUUCAUGUGUUACUUUAUUGAUCUGUUUGUUUUAUUUAAUUUUAUAACGUUUCUAAUGAAAGAUGGAUGUGUUAUACAGUAUUUAUAUGUUUAAUAAAUGCUGUGGCCUGUUUUCAUCCAAAGUUGAUGUUUGUUAUUGGGGGGUUUGGUUGUAAUGCGUAUUGUCAUUCAGUGCCCACUACGUACAAACAAGGUAGAAUAUUAGUUGGUCAAAUAACAGUAACAUCUGACUCAACAUGGCUGCUCAGUAAGAUAUUUGUUUUCUCAACCAAAUUAAUACACAUCAUUUAAAAGAAAAUUGUUACAUUUCAUUAAAUGUAAUAAACUAUUAAAACAUGAGAAGUGAAAAUUUAAUGGUAGUUAUCCUUUAACCUAUUUGCGCUGUUAGGACGUGUCAUUAUCAUCAUUGUUGGGACACGAUAACAUACAAAUAUGUGUAUUUUAUUGUAGUAACAGCUAGCAGUAUUAUGGCAUUCACAGUUAAAAUGUCAUUUCCUAAUUCCUCACACUUUUUUUAGACUUUAUUCAUAUUAAAUUAUGUUUCAUAUAUAAAUAUUUGAUUUAAAUUGAAAGCCCUAUUUCUCCUGAAAAAAAAUGCUACAUAAUAGGUGUAGCUGCACUUAAUAUAAAAGUGGUGGAUUAUGGUUUAACAGACAUAUAGCUCAAAUUCUAGGUUUUGUUUGAGCAUCCAAACUUGUAAAAUUACCUCCGUUUUUAAGGGGUUAAGUUAACUUUUUGGUAAAUAAAAAUGCAUAUUAUGGUGAAUAAAAAGGUGGAAUAAUUUUGGAAAGACAGGUAUUUUUAGGUAACAUCAUUUUUUUUUAUUAUUUUGCUAUUAUAAUUUCAUUGUAACUUUCCAAUGUCAGUGUACGCAUUCGUUCAUUUGUUCGUUCGUUCUGUCCUUCCUCCUCUUUUUAGUCUUCAUUACUUGCUUCUUCUGAGUGCUUCUUGACGCUAGAUGAAAAACAUUUUUGAAUUUGUGACAGAGGAGAGAUUCAGAGUGUCACUCAAAGCUUGAAUUGACCAAAAAGGUUUAAAUAAAGUUAUGGAGAUAAUGCACACAAAAUUCAGUUAAAUUAUAAAGUGAAUAAAAGAAAAAAACUAAGUUGCAGUUUCCAUUUAUGUAUUAUUAUUGUUUUAGUAGUUGUAUAAUUAUAAAUAUAUGAAAUUACAGUCCUCUUUGCUUGCACUAAAAAUAGCCCUGAUCUGGUUACAUACUUUGUCUUCCUAUAUGUGACUAUGUUAUAACUGUGUAUCUGACCCAUAAUUUGUCCUUCCAUUGUAGAGGCGAUCCGGAUAAAUGUGACAUUUGGGGGAACACACCUCUACAUCUGUCUGCUGCCAAUGGGCACUUGAACUGCCUAUCGUUUCUGGUGUCCUUUGGAGCCAACAUUUGGUGUCUGGAUAAUGACUAUCACACGCCACUGGAUAUGGCAGCGACCAAGGGUCACAUGGAGUGUGUGCGUUACCUGGAUUCUAUCGCAGCCAAGCAGAGCAGCCUGAACCCUAAACUGGUUAGUAAGUUGAAAGAACGAGCAUUUCGCGAGGCAGAGAGAAGGAUUCGUGACUGUGCAAAGUUGCAACGCAAACAUCACGAACGCAUGGAGAGGCGGUACAGGAAGGAGAUAUCUGAUCAUUCUGACACCAUGAGCUUCUCCAGCUUCUCGAGGUAACGAACUAUAGGGUUCUAGAUCCAAGCAUAUAAAUAAUUCAAUUGCGGGUCAACACAUUUAUCUUCAGAAUCCAAAGAUGUAGGCUUCAUUAUAAAGUGUGCCUGUUAAACUGUCUAAUGACUGUUAGUUCUUGUACAUUUCAAUAAAAGCAUGUAAAAAUAAAAUGUACAAGAAGCUCAUGUGGUAGCCAUCUUUGACAAGAAAAAAGCAAAUGAUUUAACAAGCACAUAUUACAUUCAUAUCUUACCUACGUGAAGGUUAAAAGGAACAAUAUAAGCACCAAAAAUGAUAGCUUGAUAGUGGUUUCGAUAUAUAAAAAAUGCCGCUGCACUCUCACUACCCAAUUCUCUGCCAUUUAGGAGUUAAUUCACUUUGUUUAUGCAGCCCUAGCCACACCUCCCGUGGCUAAGACUCAGACUCCAUACACACUUCCUGUAAAGAGAGAUCUCAUGUAUAAGGGUAUUGCAGAGUAUGUUUAAUUUUGAAUUUCCUACUCUGUUGAUAGCCUGCUAAAUCCUGCAGAAGCCUCCUAUGUAAUUCAAGUUUAAUUCACAGAGCAGGAGAUAAAAACUUCUAAAGUAAACACACUGUACUGACUGAACAUGAAAACCAUAUUUUCAUAUUAGCUUUGUGAGUCACAGCCAGGGGUAGCGUGGCUAAGACUGCAUAAACUCCACAUGCAUGACCUAUACACUAAAACUGGCAUGCCAUAGUCACCAAAACAACAACAGCUUAAUGUGGUUGUUCUGGUGAGUAUAAUCAUUCUUUUGAGGAAUUUUAAUGCUUUGUUGACCCUGCCGCCAUUCCCGCCUCCUUGCCAAUUUCUGCCAAUCCAAUGCUUUCCCAUAGGGAAAGCAUUGGUUUGGCUAAAAAUCAUAAAUCAUGAUGAUGUCACCAAUGAGGUGGAUUAGGGGCAGGGCUGUUCGGUGCUGGAAUUAAGGUAUGUUUUAACCUCUUCUAAGGAGGUGAAAGGGGGGCAAGCCACCUAAGUGGUGGUUUUAACACUAUAGGGUCAGGAACACAUGUUUGUGUUCUUGACCCUAUAGUGUUCCCUUAAGCUACAGUUCUUUUGGUGCUUAAAGUAUCACUUUAAUAUUAUAUAGGUGCUCACUAGCAUGAAAAAUAUAUGUAACAAAAUAUAACCACAGUACCAGGCGUACCAGAAGACAAAUUAAAACUCCACCUCCAAUUAAUAAAAAAAAAAGUAUAAAUAAAUACUGAACUCACCCAUGCAGUGGAUCUUUGCUCAGAUCCGCUGAUUUGGUAUUUUACUUUAUGAAAAAUAAUCUUGUGAGCCUGAAAUACACCCUUAAUCGAUUAUCAAUUGACCCUAUAUUAUAAUAAAAUGCUAUCUACAUAAUGAAGGAAUGCUUAAAAUAUACCCUGACAACACGUUUCUUUAAGUCACUCAGCAAAAAGAAGUAUCACACAGAAAUGAGGACAAUUCUCAUAUUUAUGUUGUUAUGUUUGUAGGCACACACCACCUGAUUUAUUUUAAUGAUUUAUUAGCUCAGUAAGGUAAUUUAAACAUGUUAAAUAUGAGGCGCGACUGUACAUACUCAUAGUGAGCAGUUUACAACAAUAAUGACAUGACAAAUGGAUGUAGUUAUUAAGUAACAAUAUAUGUGGGAGAAGUUGUACAAAAAGAGAGGGAUAAAAGCUGCAGGAGAUAUCAUUCUGCAUCUCGUAAGUGUAGCCCAGUUAUGAAUCAGACAUUAUAACACACAUACAUGCAUUACUGUUUCAAAAGAUGGUCAUUAGAUUUGUGCAUUUAAUUUAGUUUGAUUUGGAAUUUGUCAGAAAUUUGGAAGGUCGGAAGGCCGUGCAAAUUCUAUAACUCUGAAUCGUCACAUGACUAAAUCAUGGAAAAGCCAAAAUGGACAAUUGGCACAUGGUUCGGAGAAAGGAAGGAAGGAACAGGGAGACAUGGGAUCAGCCGGACCAAACACUGAAUGCACAAAAUUGUGAAUAUUGACCUAAGGUGGUCUUAAUUCAAAUCAAAAUUGGGCUCAUUAAAAAGGUUCGAAACAGUGUCUAUUACUUUACUGCAAAUAAAUUAAUAUUUAUUUAUAUAUAUACAGUUGCAAGAAAAAGUAUGUGAACCCUUUGGAAUGAUAUGGAUUUCUGCAUACAUUGGUCAUAAAAUGUGAUCUGAUCAUCAUCUAAGUCACGACAAUAGACAAUCACAGUCUGCUUAAACUAAUAACACACAAAGAAUGAAAUGUUGCCAUGUUUUUAUUGAACACACCAUGUAAACAUUCAUUAGUUUACAUUAGUUAACAUCUCCCGAGACAGUGCCAUCAUACUGGGCCAAUGCAUCCUACAGUCUCAACUGGAACUCCUCCUUGUAUGAGGACGCUGCCCGGGGGCUAGCUCACUGCAUCCUCCCGAGUCCUUUACCAAACAGGGAUGCUGAACGAAUGCUAGCGCUAUCCCUCUUGCCAGGAUGCCAUAAGAUACUCUGGUGUCCCAAGGAUAUUUCGCCACUUGCUAGGAAACCAUCCCACCGCUUGCCACCAAAUUAACAGAGCUCCAGUACUCUGACCGCGUACCUCUGCCAAGUCUGGUUCCUUGUAGCUAUCAGGGACCCUGGAGCACUUCAGAACCAGUCGCCGAGGCUUGACUGGGAUCACUGAGGGACUUUUCCACCCUGGACUAGGCUUCUGUGUUUAUAGCCCUGGACACACUUUCCAUCAGCAGAUUUCCUCAAAUACCAGAUGACACUUGGUGAAGAUUAAAACAGCAACUAACUUUAAUAGACAUAUCACACACAUCUAAGCCCUCAACAGCCUCUUUUACUUACAAUAGGGUACAUAUAGCACUAUAGUACAAGGAAGUGUGGGGUCAGACAAUAGCAAGGACUGAUGGGAGAUUAAGAAAGGACAAGGCAGCUAGUUUUAACUGGUCUGGCAGUGUCCCUGGGACAACACCCUGCUGGGGAAACAAUAGGACAGGAAAAAGGGGGAGGGGGAGAGGCACAGACAAGCAAUACAUUCAACAUACUCCGCACCAAUAAUGGGCACAGGGUGACCAAAACACAAAAAGAAUCUGGGGACCCACACAUAGUGUCUGUCUUCCAUCCACAGUGACGGUGACUACCGUCACACUAACCAAUGGCUAGGUAGAGGCCUGUGGAAAUUCUGAGCGAUAGAUAGAUAGAUAGAUAGAUAGAUAGAUAGAUAGAUAGAGAGAGAGAGAGAGAGAGAGAGAGAGAGAGAGAGAGAGAGACAAAAGCCAAAGGCAUACAAUAAGUUUUGCAACAGCAAGUCAACUGUGGUAUGCUGAAACUGACGAACAGGUAGGCCUGAAAAAGGUGGGUGGGGUUCCAAACAUCGGUAGAACGUCAGGAGGUAGCUGGAAAGGGGGUAGGUAUAGGCUUGCAAAAAAAACUCCCACAAAGCAUACAAUAAGGUUUGAGCUAGUCGGUUGUCUUGUGACAAUACCGAUGAAAGGGUAAGAGGCGAAAAUAUUAACACCACCUAAUCUCAAAAUAAUUAACAAAGCCUAUUAUAAGGCCUGACUUGUACCUGAUUCAGCAACUGUUACCUACCGCCAAUAACUUACAAGGUUGCAAGAUAAGCAUUAGAGUUUAACGAUGUCAUUAAUUGGUAAAUUUGGACAAAAAUUAUACCGUAACCCAGUGAGGAAUGUUGAAAACAUGAAACUAUGCUGGUUGUAAGAUAAUGUGUUGGAUGUAAGUACUGCUCCGACUUGCUACCGUAAGGAAAUACUGACUCUUUCCAACGGCUCAUGUCUUGAUGCAGCAUCCAAAACUGAGAGGGUAGUGGAUGCAUGGAAUAGCCUUCCAGCUGAAGUGGUAGAGGUUAACACAGUGAGGGAGUUUAAGCAUGCGUGGGAUAGGCUUAAGGCUAUCCUAGACUUAAGAUAAGGCCAGGAACUAAUUAAAAGUAUUUUGAAAUAUUGGGCAGACUAGAUUGGGCGAAUGGUUCUUACCUGCCGUCACAUUCUAUGUUUCUAUAUGUUUCUAAAACUGGAUCUGAAAGACAAAUUAACAAAAGGCUUAUCAUGGACAAGCAAAAAGAUCUAAGGGACUUUGACAAGGGCCAAAUAGUGUUGGCUCUGAGACUGGGUUAGAGCAUCUCAACAAUGGCAAGUCUUGUGGGGUGUUCCAAGUAUGCAGUAGUUAGUUCCUACCAAAAGUAGGAAGGACAACCAGUGAACCGGCAUCAGGGUCAUUGAUGCCUAAGGCUCAUUGAUGCGUGUGGGAAGCAACGGCUAACCCACAGAGAAGAUUCAAGUUGUAGCCCAAAUUGCUGAAAAAGAUAAUGCUGACCAUGAUAGGAAGUUAUCAAAACACACAGUACAUCGCAGUUUGCUGUGUAUGGGAUUGCAUAGCCUCAUAUCACUCACAGUGUCCAUGAUGACCCCUGUCAACCGUCAAAAGUGCUUUCGGUGGGGACAUGAUCGUCAGAAUUUAUAGCUGAUCAUUGUUUUUUUUAUAUCUAUUAAAGUAUAAUUUUUUUUAAAGUACAAUAGUUAGAAUUAUUGAAGGAAUCACAUCUAUUUUUUUCUUUAUUUUUUACUGUAAAUAGCACACUCCUGAAAUAGUUCUUUAUACAAAAAUGGGGAGGAUGUGUUUAAUAUAUGUAUAUUGUCUCUUUACAUGAGUAUGUCUUUGUUUCCAUCCAUGUUUGUUUAUAUAUAUAUAUAUAUAUAUAUAUAUAUAUAUAUACUUGUCUAUAUGUAUGUCUACACAUGUAGACAUCGGUUUGUGUGUAUAUUUCUGUGCAUGAAUACAUCUGUCUGUGCAUGUGUGUGUCUGCAUGUCUUAGUUUAUAUAUGUGUUUAUUAUCGUGCACACCUCCAUUGGUGCAUACGUAUCCUGCUAUGUAUGUUUCUGUAUGUCUGUCUACAUGAUUCCUUUUGUCUGAAUAUGUAUCCCUGUUUAUUAAUGGCUGUAACUGUACUUGUUAGUCUAUUGCAUUACAUAUUUACAUGAUCUUGUGUGUCUUUGCGUGGGUGUGUCUGUGCCUAUGUGCACGUCUGCCUGUAUAGAAGAAUGUUUGCUUGAUAGUGAUGCAUGCAAGUUUUUCUUUAGGCUUAAAGGGUGCUUUUUUAAUUGAAUUUGAAUCUUGAGUCUUGCAAUUAUUAUUAUUUAUAUAGCGCCAUCAGAUUCCGUAGCGCUGUACAAUGGGUCAAAUUGAAGUUCUAGAAAGAAUGGAUGUAUGGCUGUUGAAUUAAAGUUUUUUUUUUUGGCUUUUAUCUAAGAUUUAUUAUAAAAUGUUGGUAAUUUUUUCUUAUGUUCUUUUGUUAUUACAACAGCUCAGUUAGCCAGCGUUUUCCAAGUGCCACUCUACUUGCCACCAUGCCAUACUCUCAUGCUGCAGGCACCACCAAAGGCAAAACUAAGAUGCAAAAGAAGCUGGAAAAGAGGAAACAGAUGGAUGGAACAUUCAAAAUAUAUGAGGAUGGAAGAAAGAGUGUGCGUUCGCUAUCAGGUCUUCAGCUGGGCAAUGAUGUCAUGUUUGUCAAACAAGGUACCUAUGCAAGCCCACGUGAGCGAGGUCGACAACACCUACGUGACAUGUUUCUUCAUGAAGAAGAUUCCUUAUCUCGGGCUAUUAGUGACCCUGGAUUGCAUGGGGAUUCCACUCAUUCUGAGGUUAGCACAGACUCAGGACAUGAUUCUCUGUUUACUAGACCAGGCUUAGGUACAAUGGUUUUUCGGAGGAACUAUCUAAGCAGCGGACUUUUUGGGAUGGGGAGGGAUGAGGCUAAUGGUCUUCACGGAGUGGAAAGUGAAGCCGUAAAACUUCGUAGCCGCCUUAAACGUUCUCCAAGCCUGGAUGAUAGCAUUGGAAGUGCCGGAAGCUUGGAGGGGAGACUUGAACAGGAGGUGCCCUGGGAGGAGGAAGAUUUGGGGUUAGAUGAUGAUGAAGAACCAGAUACAAGCCCACUGGAAACAUUUUUGGCUUCACUGCAGAUGUCUGAGUUUACUUCCUUAUUACAGGAUGAAAAGAUAGACUUGGCAGCCCUCAUGCUCUGUUCUGAUCAUGACCUCAAAAGUAUUCGCAUUCCAUUGGGGCCUCGGAAGAAGAUUCUGGAUGGGAUUCAAAGGAGGAAACAGGCAGUGGAUAGAGCACCGGCCAUGGGGGAUACUGAAUUGUAAGUUACUCGGUAAGGUAGAACAAUGAUGUUACAAUUUUAAGAUGCUUACACUAAUCCAUACUGUUCUAGACCUAGAAGGACAGUCCUCCUGUCUAGGUCUUUUUCUCUUGUGUUUCUGAGUCCAAUAUUCUGCUCAUGCACUGCUAUCCUGAUGCAUUGCUAUGCACAUGUUCAGCCUUGGAUAACAGGCUUCUUAACUUAAGUAUCCUAAACUCUCAUAAGUUAACACAGCUCAAAAAAGUUUAGGAGAAUUAUUUACAGACAGCUAACUGUCAAGGUUAAUAUAUCCCUAACAUGCAAACCUAGGCCAAGCAGUAUAGAAUAUGUAUUACUGGUGCUUUGAAUGGCUGAGUUUAAUGUUAAAGGGACACUAUAGGCACCCAGACAACUUCAUCUGAUUGAAGUGGUGUGGGCGCAGUACCCGUGUGUGUUUCUAAGAAUCUGCAAUGUUUACAUUGCAGGGUUAAAGGGACACUGUAGGCGCCCAGACCCCUUCAGAUCAUUGAAGUGGUCUGGGUGCAAUGUCCCAUGUCCCUUAACCCUACUGUUGUAAUUAUUGCAGUUUCUUAAAAACUGCAAUAAUUACCUCUGAGGGUUAACCCCACCUCUAGUGCCUAUCUACCAGACAGCCACUAGAGGGGCUUCCUGAAUUAACACAGACCUUUGGUCCGUUAUCUGGCACGGGACGUUCUCACGCUCUGCAUGAGACAUUCCAACGUCAGAUUUUUCCCCAUAGGAAAGAAUUGAAUAAUGCUUUCCUAUGGGGAAAUACUAAUGCAAGCGCGGCGGAUGUCGGCGGAGGAGGAGUGUGGGCGGAGCCUGACCCAGCGGGACAUCAAUGCUGCAUUCAAGUAAAAGACUGAAUGAUUCUAUAGCUUCCAGACAGCUAGUAGAGGUGAUUCCUGCUCCCUAACGGAGUGUUACUGCAGGAAAUGACGUUGGAUGUCCUUACACUUUGCAUGAAAACAUCUAACAUUUUCAAACUGAUUCAGUUCUUUCCUAAGGGACAGUUUAAAUGUGAGGUCCGAGCAAACCCAUUAGGUCCUACCAUCGCCAUGAUGCCAAAGGAGGGACAGGCACACUAUUGCCUUAGAAAUACAGGCUUGUAUUCCUAAUGCUAUAGUGUUUAUUUAAGGACAGUGAGACACUCUGAAGACAGACUGAGAUUAGUAAAGGAAACAGGCUUAGAUCAGACAGCAUAGACAAACACAAACUUACAGAACUAGUCAAUGUCAAUGAAUUCACAAUUCUGGUUAAAUGUAAAUCAAAUAUAGUACCAAAAACACAAAACACAAAAGUGUGUGUUUAAAAUAAGAAAUAUAAAAACAAACUUAACUUAAUGACAGCUUAACUUAACUUAACUUAAUGACAGCUUCCCUUGCAACCUUUCCACAUGGAUGCCUGGUAGAAUAAAUGUGUACAAGAAAUAGGGGGAAACCGCUGUCUGAACCUAUAAAAGAAUUAACAAUUCAUAGUGAAAACCAUAAUAUGCAUGCAAAACAGACACGCUAUUAGAAGCACUCACAGAGUGGAGACUUUCAAUGCGCUUUCAGGGUGCCACCCCUAAUCCAUUAGGGGGGUAGAGUGUGGAUCCACAGGACUCAGGAACCCGGACACCGACAAAGAGCAGGAAUCAAAGUAUAAAAAUCAAGUAUAUUUAUUUGUAAAAAAAGGCACUGGUCCAACGCGUUUUGUUCCAUCUGGUAGAACAUUCAUAAAUGUAAAUCAAGCCAUGUUGGUCUGGCGGCACACUCACUAAUACAUGACAGCCAUGCAGCUGUCAGAAAUCACAGGGAGCAGACCUGACUGUCAUGCUCCCUCUCGGUUUCCACAAUUCCCAGCCCAGCCACAUCAUAAAGUAGUGAUUACUAAAAUCAAGAGAAGAUGCAAAAACACAAGAGAAAAUGCAUUUGUGUGUGUGUGUUUGAAGUGGGAUGCAUUUUCGCUUGUGUCUUCUGCUCUCCCUGUAACUCAGUUCUUCAGCACAAGGGUCUAUGCUAAAGAGCUAAUUGACAGGUGAGCAACGCAAUGUACCAGCGGCGUACACACCGCAGUUGCAGGGGUUGCAGCUGCGACCAGGCCCGUCACUCCAGGGGGCCCGGCCACCCUGCGGACCCCCGUGACCACCCCUGAAGAAGUUCUACCACGUUUUGUGGCCCCGACCCGUGCAGCAAACCGCCGGGGCCGCAUAUGGAGGGGUCCAUCGGGUGGCCCAUGCUGUCAGGGCCACCUGAUGGAUAUGGAUUAUCAGGGAGCCCGGUCAGCGCUGGGCGCUUUAACAGCUCGACCGGGCCCCCUGUGAUGACAUCACAGAGCUGGGAGGAAGUGAUUCCCCGGUCACUCCUCCCAGCUAUCAGGACCCGCGCGGGAGGAAGGAGGAGGAGGGAGUCAGAGUGGGAACUAUGACUCCCAUCAGACUGAGCCCCCAGGGAAAGUCACAAGGUAGGAAACAUUUUGUAUAUGUAUGUCUCUGUAUGUGUCUGUGUCUCUGUAUGUGUGUCUGUGUCUCUCUGUAUGUGUGUGUCUGUGUCUCUGUAUGUGUGUGUGUAUGUGUCUCUGUAUGUGUGUGUGUCUGUGUCUCUGUAUGUGUGUGUGUGUCUGUGUCUCUGUAUCUAUGUGUGUGUGUGUGUGUGUCUGUGUCUCUGUAUGCAUGUGUGUGUGUGUCUGUAUGUAUGUGUGUGUCUCUCUGUAUGUAUGUAUGUGUGUGUGUGUCUGUAUUUAUGUGUGUGUCUCUCUGUAUGUAUGUGUGUGUGUGUGUGUGUUUGUGUCUCUGUAUGUGUGUGUAUGUGUGUUUAUCUGUGUCUCUGUAUGUAUGUGUAUGUAUGUGUCUGUGUAUAUAUGUGUGUGUCUGUAUGUAUGUGUCUGUCGGGGGGUGUAUGUGUGUGUAUGUUUGUGUGUGUAUGUCUGUAUGUAUGUGUCGGUGGGUAUGGGUACGGAUCAGGGGAGAGAGGGUGGUGGGGGGGCCCACGGUUCAGUUUUGCACCGGGGCCCCAUGGAUUGUGUGUACGCCACUGCAAUGUACAGAUAGACGUAAUUGAUGUGAUACUGACAGUAAUACACACAUAAAUAUAUAUAUAUAUAUAUAUAUAUAUAUAUAUAUAUGUGCAUGCAUAUUAAUGUAUGUAUUAAUGAUAAAUAUAAUUAUACCUAUAAUACUUACACAUAUAUUGAUAUACAUUUAUAUAUGCAUAAUACCCACAGAAAUGUCAUUAAAAUAUAACAUAUAUGUAAUGGGCACGUAUUUGCCUAGUCUUGUUGCUGGGUGCACACUCCAGCACAAUAACAUAUUCAAAGUGAAGAGCGCACUCAUAGGACUUCAAAAUAAACAAGAUAACAACUGUGUAACAGCAAACAUUCACCAUUUCAGUCCCAUUACCAAACUUUCCUUAAUAUGUCAUGGUAGUUAGACUGAAACAUUGAUUAUAUGCAAAUGCAGGUCUGCUUAAAAUAAAGCCGAUCUGUUGUUUAUUUUGAAGCCCUAUGAGUGCUUUCUUUCAUUGCAGUAAUAGUUUCAAUUUUAUGUUAUCUUUUCCACCUCUAUAUCAGCACAUUAUGCUGGCACAACGCAUUAUUGGGCUGGUAUAGAAUUUUUUCCAGGGCUGCUUUUAGUUCCCAACCUGGCCCUGUUCUCUAAGCACACACAUUGCAAGUCACAGAGUCACAGCUUUGCUAUUGUAGCCUAAAUGAAACAAUUAUCCAGUACAUGUAUACACACACACACUGAUUCUACAUACUCAAAAGAAAACAGUAUUCGCAUACUAUACAUGCUUAUAAAUGCACAGAUACAGGGAUUUAUUAAUUAUACUUGAAAUUGUGGAAAAUUAAUAAGAGGAUUGCAAAUUUAGGCCAAAAUAAAAUAAUUUUUCCAAUGCACCUAUACUAGCCUAGCCUUAAAGGACCACUCUAGGCACCCAGACCACUUCAGCUUAAUGAAGUGGUCUGGGUGCCAGGUCCCUCUAGGAUUAACCCUUUUUUUUAUAAACAUACCAGUUUCAGAGAAACUGCUAUGUUUAUAAAUGGGUUAAUCCAGCCUCUAAAGCAGUUUCAGAGAAACUGCUAUGUUUAUAAUAGGGUUAAUCCAGCCUCCAAAUCCUCUAGUGGCUGUCUCAUUGACAGCCGCUAGAGGCGCAUGCGUGAUUCUCACUGUGACCGGCUGAAGGCGCGCGCAGCUCUUGCCGCACGUGCGCCUUCAGCCGAAUGGGAGGAGAGGAGGUGGAUCGGAGGAGGAGAGCUCCCCGCCCGACACUGGAAAAAAGGUAAGUUUUACCCCUUUUCUCUCCCCAGAGCCGGGCGGGAGUGGGACCCUGAGGGUGGGGGCAACUUCAGGGCACUAUAGUGCCAGGAAAACAAGUAUGUUUUCCUGGCACUAUAGUGGUCCUUUAACACAAACACAUCCCUGCAUUUAUACAUACCGAAAUACCAUCCCACAGAUACAUGCUUUCAUAUGCUGCCUAAGCUAGGAUGAACUAAGAUUGUAUACAUAAAACCAUUCAUUUUUAUUUAAAUUGCUGCCCCUGCCCUCAAUUUGGUUUAAUACUGCUGUGUUUAUAAUUUUCUGAAGUUUACUAUAACUGUGGCCUGUUAACCAGUAAUAUGCCCCUGUGGUCAUGACUGCGUUUUUCAACUGAUGUAACAAGUUUGCUUGUUUUUUUUCAUACAGAUAGCACCAUAAAAUGAAGAACGGCCAACCACAGUGCCAGAAAACUCAACGGUCACUGGGCAAGUGACUAAUAUGCCUUUCCCAUGCCAAAUGUGUGCCACUGGAAGAGACACAGGGCUCUCUCCAAUACUAUGGUCCAUGCGUCUGCCAAGACUAUUUAACUCAAUUUCUGCUGGAGCAUAUGGAAGAAAUUCAGGACUUGUGUGAUAUCACGUUCAACAUAUCAGAGAGCUUUGUAUUACUUAAGCAUUUCUCUCUAUAUAUAUUUGUAUAGUAAUUAUGUUCUGUGUUUCCCAUAUACUGUAUAUUUAAAAUAAAUUAGUAGUGUCUAUGUACAUUUCCCUAUGCACUUGGC